UAAGGACUGAUCAAGCACGUCUAUAGAUGAGGGCUGAUAUUUUUUUUUCUGUCGCUUGUCAGUAGCAUCAUCCUUUGAAUUUGACCAGCAGGUGAUGAAUACAGACCUGAUAACACGAUUUAUGACUGUUUAAUUUCGUGUAGUUUUAUUUAUUAGUGUAUGUGUUUGAAUUGUGCUAGCUCUUUAAAGCACACGCAACUUAUGCCGGAGCGGCACACGCUGACAGAUGCUGUACGUGUAAAUGGGCGGACUGUAUACAAACUUGGGUUAAACUUUCUAUGUCAGGAUGUUGAAUGGGACUGAGGCGAUAAGUUUUGGCAAAGAAGCAGAAACGGUCAGCCACCAUCACCCCCACCACAACAAGGAUCCCUCGGAGCUGAAGAUGGGAAUUCAAGACGCAAGAUUUUUAUAUCAGGAGCCGAACCCGACCGGACUGGAGAACUGUUCCCUAGCGUUACCUUAUUCCAGCCAGACUUUGCCCGGGAGUCAAAGCGGUCGAUUUUUCACCUCGGCAGCCCUCAAUAGCUGUCACUACAACCCCAUGAGAUCCCCAAGCGCAGGGGGAGGGGGGCAGCCGUACACAGCACCGGGGAGCGAAGUUUGCGCCGCUCCUGGGGGUGAGAUGUACCCCCCUAGCAGUGACGGGUAUCCUUCCAGCCUGUUUCACCACGGGUACCCACGGGCGCUGCUCGAACCCUUGCCCGGAUUUCAAGUUUGUGGGAAAACGCAGGCGGUUUUAAAUAACUACCCGCUAUGGGCGAAGUUUCACCAGUACCAGACUGAGAUGAUCAUCACUAAACAGGGACGGCGGAUGUUCCCCUACCUGAGUUUCAACAUCACAGCUCUGGACCCAACGGUCCAUUACAACGUAUACGUGGACGUGGUUCUGGCGGAUCAGCACCACUGGCGCUACCAAGGAGGGAAGUGGGUCCAGUGUGGCAAAGCAGAGUGCAACAUGCCAGGUAACAGGCGUUACAUGCACCCCGACUCGCCCAACUCUGGAGCGCACUGGAUGAGGCAGGAGAUCUCUUUCGGGAAACUCAAACUGACCAACAACAAGGGAGGCUCCAACAACACAGGGCAGAUGAUCGUGCUGCAGUCUCUACACAAGUACCAGCCGCAGCUGCACAUUGUGGAGGUGAAGGAGGACAGCACUGAGGAGCCACACAUGAUUUCCAAGACCCAGACCUUCACCUUCCCCGAGACCCAGUUCAUCGCUGUCACUGCCUACCAGAACGCAGACAUCACCCAGUUGAAAAUCGACCACAAUCCCUUUGCUAAAGGGUUCCGGGACAAUUUUGAUGCGAUGUACGGGCACAUCGAGAAUGACCGGCUCACCCCCUCCCCUACUGAUGCCACCGGCUGCCAGCAACUCCUGUCCAGCGGAUGCUACCCCCAGUCGUACCGGUCAGAGCCCUACCUGAGCCCCCUCCAACAGAACCGUUACUACAGCCACGAUCGGGCAACCGUGGGUCUCCCAGGGCAAGCCAAGGAGCCUGGUGUCAGCAGUAGCAGUCCGCACAGCCGCUGGUACCACCCGGGGCAGCAGACGCCCACCACGGCAAACCGGCUGGACUUCAGCUCCUACGAAUCCAACUACGCCGCCAACGCCUUCGUCUCCUACAAACCCUUCCCCAUCCAGACCUCCGCACACCACCCCCUGGGUUACUACCCGGAGCAUCCUUUUGGAUCGUCCACGGCUUCAGGGGCGUGGGGUUCCAGCCGACCCACUUCCCAGUACCACCACCACCACCAUCACAAACCCGGGCUCAGCUGGUUCAGACCGGCACCGACUCACCCCUCCGUAGCCCUGGAGCUCCAGCAGGGCCAGCCCACUCUCCCUGCACCCCAGCAGGACAAGGCAAAGGAGGCUGGAGGGGAGGACUCCUCCUGGUUGGAGCCCCCCUCGGUGAAGUCCGUAGACUCUGCCGAUUCGGGGCUGUUCGAGGGGGCGGAGAGCAAGAAGAGGAGGGUGUCUCCGUACGCCUCGAGCACAGAGAGCUCGCCCCCGAACCGCGCAGCAGAGGCCUGCGAGAGGGACUGCAGUGGCGAUGCUGGCUAUUACGGGUUUUACACGAACUGAACGCAGAACCUGCCGCAGAAAUGAAUACCGAAACGUACUUUUCAAAAUAACACCCAACGAUUGGGAUGGUCCUUAAAUAUGGGUCUCCUGAACUCUCUCUCUCACACACACACAAUCUCACGAACGCUGUUCCCGUCGCCCGUUUUUUUUUUUUUUUUUUUUUGCGUGCUCAGCCAGGUCACGUUGUUGCUGUUGUCAUUCGUUUAUUCCAUUGUUGGUCAUACACAUCAGAAUGAAAUGGUACCGUGUUCAUCUAGCAGUCUUCAAGGUUUUAUCGCACUUAAAAAUGAGAAACGCCAUUAGAGUCCAUCCUCUAGACUUGCCUUUCCCACUGAACGUUAGCGACCCCUGCUGGUGGAAUGCCCACACACAUCAAAAUCAACUUGGUUAUUUCUCCAGUGCUCACAAACUGCCCUGCACUGAGAGUAGUGCCUAGCCCCAGUGCCUACAGUGGCUCCUUCAGGGUGUGGAAACUAAAACGCACAUUCUGCGAUUGUUAUGGUUACCAGGGAGGGUGUUGACCCUAGUCUCACCUCAACCUGAGGUAUUCUGGGAUUUGUAGUCCACCAGGUGAAUUGGCUAAUGAGGUAGAGUCCGAUUGUGUUUGUUAAAAAGCAGAAAUGAACAAAGAAAAACAAAAAAAACCUUCUGUGUAAAUACUGGUACUGCAAAUGAAAUGAAACUGUGUAUGUUUUUUUUUUAUUACAGUGAGAACCAGAUGAUAAGUGAUGUGACAUCAUGUUUAUUGAAUAUAUAUUUUUAAAACAAGGUAUUUUAUUUUAGAUUUAUAACCAGCCCAUAUAUGAAUGGGAUAGACUUGUGUCCUGACCAAAAACACAAAAAGCAACUGAAAAUUAUUACAGACGUUUGGAAUCACUCAGGAAUCUGAUGGACUGUUUUAUGCUGUUGCUGUUUAUAAGUAGGCCUACUGGGAUGAGCAAGAAGGGUUUUUAAUGCUUGUCCUGCCUGAAACAUUUGAGCAAGAUGGGUUAAACAAGAUGUACCUUUGACCCUUUCAUGCAUGGCGACCUCAUAUGAGCCGAGCGCCAUUUCCCCUCCCAUAUAAAGCAAUGAAAAAUGAAAAAUAGAUUUAUCAUCUGUUCAAAGCUACUUUUUUCCUAGCUAUUUUUUUUUAUAUUUCAUGCAUAACAGGAUUAAAAAGAGAGCACCCUGUAAAAAAAACAAAACCAAAAAAAAACUGUCAUAUUUUGGACAUUUUUAAUGCUCAAUAAGUCAAUCGGAUCAUGUGACCUACAGCUCAGCACAGGAAGUGAUGCAAUACCAACAUGAACCAGUAUACUGUAUUCUGCAGCAUUCUUGAAAACGCCUGUAGGUGGAUGCCUAUACAUUUCCCCUCACCAUAUAAAGCAAUGGAUAACUUUUCAAUGAAAACUAUAUUUAUUAAGUGUCCAAAAUUACUUCAAAUUGUCAUUUUUUUCAGCUAUUUUCAAUAUUUCAUGCAGAAAAUGGUUCAAAUAAAACAGUACUAGCAAGCCAAGGGGAACAAUGAUACGGUCGCACAUGCUGAUGAGAAGCACAAGAAAUGAUUUUCAAGCCUUGGUUAUACCAGUCCUUUAACAAAGGGGAGAAAUUAUUUAGCCUUUCUUCUUUCAUUUUAAAUUCAACUUUCAAGUAAACAGUUUAUUCAGGGAGGGGUGUUUUUUUAUUUUUUUUAUUUUCUUUUGGCUGGUUAUAGCAUUUUUGUAAAUUUGUAUUUGAAAGCAAUGUUGCACCCCCUUUCCAACUUAUUUGUAAUACCUUCCACUUAAAAGGGGUACUUUUAUAUCAAGUACAUUUUUCUGAUAUUUCAUUUUUCACCUAUUAUGUGUGUUCUGUAUUAUCUGUUGAUGUUUCUGUGCAUAUCCGUAUUUACCAGGCCUAAUUAUCCCAGCAAAAGUUGCUAUUAAAAAAAAGGCUGGGGAAGAAUAUUAGUGAUGCUCACGGACGCCCAUAGGUGCAACACUAACAUUCUUCCCCAAGGUCUACUUUUUCAGACAGAACUUUCGCUGGAAUAUUUAAGAACGGCAGAUAUACUAACAGUAUAUUAGAAACAAAAUAAUAAUGUUAUAAAAAAUCAUAAUUUUGAAUAUAUGAUUUACGGUACACAGAAAAAAAAAAAGAUUUAUUUAUUUGAAGCUGGCUUUAAAUGGAGAAAAUGUGCAGUGUCUUUUUUUCUCUCUCUCUCUCUCUCUCUCUCUCUCCAAUGCCCCACCAAACUUAAUAAAACAAACUCCGGGACAACAUCGACUUUAUCCUAAAAUAAAAUAAAGUUUUUAAUCAAUUAAACCCUUUGUGUGUCAUAU